AUGGACUCAUACCCAGAAACAAAAGAAACAAAAGAAGGUCUGUCGCAACCCCCACAAUAUGAACCGCAGCCCGCGAUGAGUAUACCCCAAGAGCAAUCACGAGUUGUUGUCACUAGUCGUCAAGGACGUUGGAAAGCUGAUCUAUUCGACUGCUUCGCUGUCCCCGGACUCUGUAUCAAAACCUGCUUUUUGCCUUGUCUCACAUAUGCCGAAACCAAAGAAAAAAUGAACAGCAACAUGGAUUUCCGUACAAAUUGUUUGUGCUACUGUGCUGCAGUGUACACAGGCUUUGACUGUUGUCUUGCGACUGUAACACGUGGCGAAAUUCGUGGGCAACAAGGAAUCAACGGUGAUAUUGUCGAAGAUGCUUGCACUCAUUUGUGGUGUGGAUGUUGUGCUUUGAUCCAGGAGCAUCGUCAAUUCGAUGAUGAACCUUCUGAAUAG